CAUGUAUUUUUAUGGCAAACCAGUACUAUUUAACAAUUUGUUUUACACGUUUACAAUAUUCAUUCGGUUUUUGCGAGCGAACAGUUUACCAUCGUGUGUAUUUCGGUGAACUCUUGGUACGAUUAUGGAAUAUACGAGAAAAUUGAUUGUUGGUGUAUUUGUUUCUGAUACGUUUCAGGGGUCUGUCUGGUUUUCAUCAAGUCCGAAACGCAAAAAGGGGCGGAUCUCGAGAUGGGGGAUCAUUUAGAAGCGGGUCUGGUGUCUGAUAACCUCUCUCGGCCACCUGCGAUUGCAACUUUAUCCAAACCUGUUAAUUUGGAGGUUUCAUCGCCGCCUUCCUCACCGCCGCUCCUCAAACCUGCGGUUCCAUUUCCACUUUUACCACAACCACCACCCUCAUCGUCGGGGAUAUCAACCUCGGGAUCGACCGACAUCGUCAGACCAUCGCCGACGCGCACCUCGGCUCGACACAGCAACAUGGUGCAAAAGAAAAGCCCAAAGCACGAGGCCGAGUGUUCAGGGGCGGCUGCCACUGCCUGUGCCGCCGGAGCUACCGGGUCAGUACCCAAAGCAUCAGCCUCAAGAUGGGAGGGGAAAACGACUAGGGCACGGAGCACAAAAGCUGACAGAGACGACUGGAAGAAGCAGAAGAAAAUAAUCAAAGUUGAUAAGUAUGACGAGUUCAACGAAUGGAUAGAUGGUGACGUCACAAUGAGAUAUUUGCCAAAGGACAUUGAUGCACGCAAGCACCUGAGUGGAUGGGCAAUGAGAAACACCAACAACCACAACAAGAAAGUACUCAAAAAGUCUUGUCUAGGCGUAUUUCUGUGUUCGAAAGGAUGCCGAACAAGUACGGGGGACGUCGUGACUGUUCGACCGGCCACUUCGGACCGGGCUCGUAAGAAGCAAGCCGAUAAGAAGUGCCCGAGGAAUGGGUGCGAUGGGAAACUCUUUCACAUGAUCUGCGCGGGAAAAUUGGGUUACCCCGUUACGCAUUUCUGGCGAGUAACUGAUACUGUCAUUCUGUUCCAGUCAAAGGGUGUCCAUGAUCACCCUCGCCCAGACGUGGUCAAGACUACAUCACAGGCCAAGAUGGCCCUACUAGAAUACCAUCGAACCCACAGGCACGAGAGACCGAAGGAGAUCUGCAAGAAAGUGGGUACGCAUAUUCACAAAUCUUUCAAUCGUGUUGACCGGGUGGCUCGACAACUUCGUGAGGUCCAGAAUUCGGAUAUUCCUGAACCUGGCUCGGAACUCCCCAAGGAACACUACUCUCUCCGCUCUCACAUCCGAUCAUUGUACAGUAAUGGCCAGAGACAGACUGAUACGGAUAACAAUCCUUUUGUUGCCGGACAAGGUACUUUUCAAAAUGCGUACAGCAACCGCCAGUCUUACGGCAACUAUUACCCUCCAUCCCAGCCUCAGAUGGACGGCUGGACUCACUUCACAGCCUCACAAGACGACUACAACUUGGGCUUCCAAAGCUACAGACAAGAUGGACAGCACCCCUCAACCACAUCCGGUUACCAGCACCAGACUGGGGCCUAUCCUUACAACCCUCCACUCCAUUCCGCUGACGGUACGACAUACGAUUACGGGUACGAUGGCAGUGCGGUCAUUGCGGCGGCCGCUACGUCCUCGGGUGUGCCGAAGGGUCACAACGGGGUGGACAGCUCUGGAGUUCAUUCUGACUUGGCGAGAUCGGCAAUGCCAACGUACCACAACCACCAUAUGGACGCCCUUGGACAGAUCUUGAUGAGCAACCAGCAAGCUCCGAUGGAGAUGAAUCCUGCAGUCUACGGCACCACCGAGUUGAUCAGUCCUCAGCAGGGUCAUACCAUCCUGACACCGGUGAAGCAGCCGGUUGUAUCCCCGUUGAAGAGACCUGCACCUCCUGAUCUCCACUCUCUACAGGACUCCAAGCAUCCUCGUCUAGAGCCACCUACGACAGUCGGUGAGACCUCAACCAUCAAGCUUGCUGAGCACACGCCCUCUAUUAAUAUUGAUCUCUCAAACUUCUCCGACAUAUUUGAUAUCCCAACUGCUCUUGGUGACGAAGGACUCGCAGGACGUCCAAAGACACCUGUCUACCAGUCCCUCUCCCCCGCGGUUCCAGUACAUGAUAGCGAUGCUGCAGGAACCUCCAGGAGAACAGAAGACAGUUCUAUGAAAGAGGAGCGUCUUUGUUCCAGUGCUUCUCCAGAUAUUUCUCAACAACAUACAAGCGUUGAUGGGAAUUCAGCUGUUGCUAGUCCUGCAAGUAGUGUUGACAGCCACGGAUCACAUGCAUCACCUCCACCACAUCCUCCCGUUUUAACCACUCUCAACACUCAUGCUCCACACAGUGUUCAAAUCAGUGGACCUAUCACUACAGCUCCCCCUGGGACCAACGAACAGGAUGGCAACUUCCUGGACCAACUCGUCUCGAUGUACCUCGGUAAAGACGAGAAGCCCAUCUCAACGCUUAAGAAUGAGCUCCAGGUUUACACCGACCCACAAUCUGGCCAGCGUACCUUGACCUACCGGACCAACGACCAGGCCCAUCACGGUCCUGCUCUUGACCAUUUCAGAACCCCUGGACAUGGUGGUCAUCACGAAGGCUACUCCUGGUACGACCGCACCCAAUCCUACAACUCAUCAAAUGGACACAUACCAGUCACAGAAGGCCUGAUUAGCCCUCUUAUGGCGGGUCACUUUGACUAUACCACAUCCAUCACUGACUACUAUAAUAGUCAGCAAGCAGCUGCUGCUGCUGCCGCCGCCGCCGCUUCCACGGAAUCGACGUUGUCAACUUUUCCAUCCACAAGCCAAUCGCAAACGACGUCUUCCGCCGCAUCCGGUACAUUCAGUCAUAGUUCAAGAUACAUGUUCUAAUUGCUCCUCGUUUGCCCACACAACGAGUGAAAAGACAGUACUCGAGACAAACAAUGAAAUGAUAUCAGAUUUUAUGCUGAGUUUAAAUAUCAAUAUAUUUUUGUAUUUCAUUCAGGGCCUCAAAUGGUACUGAAAUGACAGUUUUUAGAUCAAAGAAAAUGCGAUUGCCCUAUUUUCAUCCUUUGUAUUCUACCUGCCCAUUACGGUUCAAAAUCUUCUUAACCCCCCCCCCCCUCUGUCUCUUUCUCUCUUCCUCUUUCUUUUCCUUCCCCGGUCAUUUUGUAGUUUCCUCUUUUCAAUCGCUGUCAUGAAGAUCAUAUAUUUUCUUUAAGUGUUCACAUCCCCUUUAAGUUAAUCAUUUAAAAAAAGGAAUUACAAGAUAUACAUGAACACUCAUUUGCGAAGAGCGUAUGGCUAUAAUUAAAUUUAUGAAUUGGCAAUAUGGGCAAGCAAUAUAAGUGUACAGCAAAACAAUAAAACAUUAAUUCUCUUAGCAGUAUUAUAGCAACAGUAUCAUCAAUUUUUAUUAAUAUCUCCUUGCAACGCUUAAUGACAUCAUAGUUGUUUUAUUGCGAGGACUCCGCUAUUACUCGCCUAAGGGUGGAAGUCUUCGUUGGAGCAUAUUGUCCCGUCUUCUUGUUCUCGGCCAAUUACAUCCGGGUAUCUGCUCCGCUAAUUUACCAAGGUCAAGGGUCAAACGAGUAGACACGAGGCUGAAUUACAUAUUUCAUAGUGCAAAUAUAUUGACCAGGCAGUCUUCCCAUAUACGGUGCUCUUUUUUAUACUUUAAUUGCAAGCAAUAAGACUGCUUCCAUGCAGUGCAUAUUUUUAUAGAUAUGAAUGUUAGUUUUGUUUGCCAUGUUGGCCGGGAAACGUGUAAUAUUUCUAUUCAUUCCAUUUAAGUGUUUUAGUUACUUUUUUCUAGACCUAAUUUGAAAGGCAAUAUAGACUGGUUAUAUUAUUCAAACAUUGAUAUUUCGCGUAGCGUUGUCCUUAAUUCUACAAAUCGGCUUUAUUUAUAAAGUAUUCUUCGCCGUCUUUUGUUCUUCCUUUUCGAUAUUUUCCUAAGAUAUUGUAUUUCUUUGUGGCUAACAACGUUCUAAAUACUGGAAAUUAUGAGUCUUGAAAGAGUAUAUACUUUUCCUUUUCUAUGAAAGCUUCUUAAAACCUACUGGAAAUAUGUAUAUAAUAGUUAGAUUUAAAACCAAUGACGAUUUGGUCAUAAUCCGUUGCAACUCAUGCUGUCAAAUACCUAAUACGCUUUUUUCCAGUGAUGAAUUCAUUUUGAAAUCAUUUACGGAUCUCAAAUUCCGUACUUCUAAAUUUAAGAUGUGAUAGCUUCAAUGCUGAAUGGAAUAUCCAUUGUCAUUUCCAGACCCAGAGCAUUCUUUGUGCCUUAAAAUAGUUAUUUGUUGUUUUGGUUGUGAUGUAUAUAGAAAAUAGUUGUCAUUGUGCAAUAAAAACCAAAAUAUGCCUUA